AUGGAGCUCGUCCCAAAGUCGCCGCAGGAGACAGCGAUAGUCACCGUGACGCCCUCUGCCAUAACUGUCACCGGUCCACCUUCCACCGGCACCACUGUGGUUACGACGGUCACACCCACAAUCAGCAGUACCACUCACAACCCAUCCGGUACGGCCUCGACGACCCUGGCAGCCCCGGGAUCAGAUGGCGGAGGUCUGGGCAGCGGUGCGGUAGCCGGCGUCGCUAUCGGCUGCGUAAUUGCCGGCAUCGCCAUCGGUGCGAUAGCUGCAAUUUGGUUUCUGCGUCGGAGGCAGAGGAACAUAGGCCCGGAGGAGACUCAGUACAUGCUUGCCAACACAGCUGGUGGCGUUUACGACCCCAAGGAUCCCAUGGGCGUCGUGACGGCGACCGAUCCAUUCCGCUUGGAUCAGAUCUUACCCCCUCCGCUGCCGGACGAGGUGAUAUCGGCCGAGCUGCAGAACCUUAGCCAGAUCAUCCAACAACAUGUUGUGGAAAAUUACCACAGGGAGCUUGUGCCGGUGGAUCAAAACGCUCUUCAUCGGGCGUUGCACGACUUGGGGUUGGGGAACGAUUCGGCGAUACCCUCUGGGCAGCUAGUUAUCCUGGCAGUCAGUCCGCAGGGAAGGACUACGGCCUUGCAGCAUAUCAUUGCGCGCGCGGCGACUGCGAGCGUUGUGUUGAGCUCGACGGCUCGCUAUUCACUCCUGCCCCUGUCCAUGUCUGCCUUUAUGCGUGAAGUGGCACCGACCGAGAGAGACAGAGGUAGUGCUAGAGCUGUCGCGGCCGCUUUUGCCCGCUGGCGUCAGAUAUCGACUUUCCUCAUCAACCCGAACCGAAGCGACAGGACCCCUCUGCAACCGACGGAGGCCAUGACGGGCCACAAGGCUCGUGAGCUCGUGGCGGCUCUUAAUGUGCUUCUGGAUCCUUUUGUCGACCACAACCGGGUUGAGUCGCACAUUCAGCAAGCACAGCUUUACGACGUGGUCAUGAAGGUGGCGCAGUUCGGGUACAUGCUCAUAUCGCAACCUGGCGAGUUCCGUCUGCGGUGGGAUGCGGGACCGCCAAUGACGGUGGGAAGCGACGUCGUCGUCAAUACUAAGUCUCCCUGGCGUCGAACAAAAAAAGUGACAGAAAGCGCCGAGAGCAAAGACAGUAUAUAUCCGCCAGAAUGGCCACUGAAAUCGAACACACCUGCCGACAUACAGAGCGCUUACCCAAUGUUGCCCAGCUCAAGGGGGCUCGCGCCACCACGGCCAUCCUCGGCAAAUUCCAUGAGUCCAACCAUUUUCAACGUGGGAGGCCCAGAGAGGAUACUCGUGCCAGAGUCUGCAGGACGCCGCAAUAAACGUGCCAGCUGGGGGAUUUUUCUGAAUCCGAGGAGAGCGGCACCCAAGUCGCCUCAGCAUCGUGAGCUGGGAGAUUCAGAUGUGGCAGACAUGGACAGAAUGACGGCCAAAGUCGAGGCGAGACUCAUCGCCAUACAAGGUGACAAGACUGACUUCUUCCGGAGGGGAAAGGCAGGCCGGCCAUCACCUCGGGUAGUGUCAUCAGAGAGUUGGGACAGCGACGCUCCAGCUCGGCCGGAUGGCCACACGCCGACCCCGACAAUCAAUACCCCGAUAGAGCGGGCGAGGCAACAAAAUCGUCACACUGUCCACUUGGACAUGACCUACGGCAGCAAGACAAUAGGAAACGGGCUCCUGUUGAGAUCCGAGCCAAGCGAACAAGGGCGGAUCGUAACCCAACAAGCUGCCGUGACCUCGAAAGCAGUCUCGGACUCGGUGGUCACCAUCACUUGCACAGAACCGACGUCUUGCUACACCUAUGAUAGCUCCAGCCCGUCGGGGAUGCCUGCGGCAAUGGAGCCAGUGCCGAGUAUUCCUCCGUCACAAGGACGCUCGGAGUUUUUGGAUCCCGCGCUCUUGUUCUUUGUUCCCCGAAACAAGCCCGUUACGCGUCAUAACCUCGUCACCAAGACUAGCAUCAUUAGACAUCACGAAGACACGGCGUCGCCCGUGGGUACCACACUGUGUGCACCACCUACCACAAAGAAUCUUCCUCAGGCUUUUGAGCUGGAGGCCACACCCAUCAGUCCUUGCGGAUCGGAAUCCCGCAGCAAAUCGUCCUCUACGACGGUUUCCCCUCUGGAGAACGAGCCCGGGGAUACCCUUCCAGAGCUGAACGUUCCGGGACCGCCGGAGACCAGGGGUGCCGAUAUGGGGAGCGGCGGCAUGCCCGAGGUUGGUCUGGGCCAGCCCUCGGCGCCAUCGUCACUUUACUCAGCCGACGAACACACGCUGGUGGAUGGAGGUGAAGAAGAGGCGGCAGCGGAGGCGGCAGUAGGGCUCGGCAUCCAUAAGGAGUCGACGCUAGUCAAGCUAGAACCUAUGUACCACAACGCCAUCAAGGCUCGGAUCAUGACGAACAGUCCGACGGGCAACACGGCAUGCGACGCAUGGCUAGUGCGAUCUCGCAUGUUCCAGCUGGGUGGUUCGCCCAUUGUGGCCAGUUCGCCAGUGCACGAGGCUGAUAGGUUCCUGUCGCCAGCGCUGGCCUAG